AUGCUCGAUGUUGGUGAGGCCGAUGCUGCACCAAUUGACCCCGAUCCGAUCAGGAGCCCUAAUGCACCUCCAGACGAGCUAGACUCAUUGGGAGUGGUGGCUGAUACAGAAGCCCCAGCUGCAAUCGCUGCCAAUCUGGACAAUGUGCCAAUUGACACAGAGACUCAGUCAGUGGCGAGAGGCACCAGCCCUUCAGCACCUGUGCCCCUACUUCCAACCACAAGUGAAGAUAUGCUGUGGAGGGAAUUCAUCCAGACAUUGGUGAGCUUCAAAAAAGGGCUCGAAAGUAGAUUCAGCACCAUUUUGGAAAGAUUAGACACGCUUGAGGGACAUCAGGAGCUUCGCCCUGAAGAAGUCCCCCGACCUGUUGAACCUGACGAAUUGGAAGAGACCCUAAAGGUUCCUGAAGGACCUUUGGAGCCUGCAUCAACUGUGCCCAGGCAAAUUUUAGAUCCAGCUAGGGCAUCUAAACAGGCACUGCAUGACCAAGGGACUUUUCCCAUGGUUACAACGACUCAGAAUCUGCAUGACAACAACGACCUACCCAAGUUUAUCCAUGUCCCAGGUUCAGGGGAUCCUGGAAUACAGAUGGCCACUAUACUCCCCGACCUGGAAAGUGAGGAAUCCACCUCAUCACCAGUGCGGAUACCUUCCCAUUUGAAAGAGAAAUGGGUGAACAAGGAUUGUAACAAACCUGAUCACUUUCUCGAGCCACGGAAUCGACCUCCUGAUGAUGAGGCCAACAGGAGUGAGGGUCUACAAAAGACCAUCAUGUCAUAUCCAUCCCCAGCCAUUGACUUCCGGUCCCUCCGAUCCCUCCAGUCUAACUCCGCUCCUUCCUCACUAACCUCGGAGCUCCCGUAUUCCGCAAUCCUCUUGGUACCCCUCGAUGGUCACCACCCCCUCAUUUCAAUUUAUUACCUACGCCUCCCUAAGUACGGAGCCCCGAAGACUUCCGGACAGCUCCAACGUCCGCUAGUGCACUCCCGCCUCCGCUGGGCAAUUGUAAGGGAUUAA